CGUCAGGCAACGCGCCGGAAGUGGCCUGUUUCCCGACUCCGUGCGGCGCUGGUUUGGACUCGCGGCGGUUGAGUUCGUUGGGAGAAAGAGAACACAGGAUCUAGUUGAUUUGGAGUGAAGGAACUGUUGUCAAACACAAAAUGGCAUACCGAAGAGAUGACAUGUGGUCUGAUGAGCGGUAUGAAUAUGAAAGACUUCCACGAGAACGACUUCCCCCACGUCCUGAGGGCAUGCAGUAUACAUUUGGCAGCAUAAAUCCUCAGGAUCCCUAUCGAGUAGUGAACUUUGCACCAAAGAAGCUUACAGAGAGACCUGGGGAAUACAGAUUUGACUAUGGCCAUUCUCAUCAUAUUGGCUAUCGAGACUAUGGAGAAGGACGUGGUUUGGCCCAUGAAAGAAGAAGUGGACCACCACACAGAAUUGAUGAUCCAGGAUAUAGAUGGUCAAGGGAAGACCAACUAAGUCGUCCGCCUGAUUAUAGAGAAAUCAGAGAUGGCAUCAGACGAAAACCAGUAUUCCCCUCUCACUAUCCAAGAGACCGAUCCCCACACAAGAGGGAUUCUCCUUACUUCAGGGAAUCACCAGUCGCAAGAAGAGAUUCCCCUCCGAGCAGAUCUGGUUCCAGCGUCAGCAGCAGAGGUUAUUCCCCUGACAGAAGCAAAGCCUAUGCUUUUCACCAGGCUCAACUUAGCAGAAGUAUGCCACCUUUGCAUAAAAGUAAUAUUUCCCAACAAGAUAAAGAGAGACCAGCAACUCAGUCUUUGAAGACCUCAGGAGAUGUAUCCCCUUCAGGAACUACAGCAGUACCCCCUUCAAAGGCCUUGGACAAAAGUGGCAGGCUAUCAGAAAAGGAGCUUGCAGAAACUGCAAGUAGGUGGCCUGCUGAUAAACCAGAGAAAGGAGACACAAGCAGUGUACCUGAAAUUUCAGAAUAUGAAGCAGAAGCUUCGGAACCAUUAUAUGCAGAACGUCAUGAAGCAACUGUUGCCGACAUAACAGACGAUAAUGAAUUAUUUGAAGACACUCAGCGUGUUAGACGUGCCAAGGCAAUUGCUGCAAAGACAGCAGAGAUUGAGAAAGUAUACAAACAGGACUGUGAAACCUUUGGUGCUGUAGUGAAGAUGCUGAUUGAAAAAGACCCUUCAUUAGAAAAAUCCAUCCAGUUUUCCUUGAGACAAAACUUGCAUGAAAUUGGUGAGAGAUGUAUUGAAGAACUUAAACACUUCAUAACAGAAUAUGAUGCCAGAAGCCAAGAAUUUGAAGAACCCUAACAUCAGUUCCGAAUUGUUCAUACGUUGUAAAUACUGUGUGUUUAAUGAAUACUAGUAACUUCACACCAAUGUUUGUACAUCCUACAGGGAAAAAAAUAAGUUCAAUAAAUGCAGAAUAUGUUGUCCUCAGGACAGGUAGCCUUUUUGCAUUCCAUUACUAUUAUUUUGGAUAAGAGAACUGUGUCUUAGUGUCUGAAUUCCAUCACUAAAUCAGGAAUUUUUAAAAGUUUCUUAUGAGCUGUAAAGUGAAAUGACCUGUAAUUAAAAGCCUUCCAAGUCUUUUUGAAAA